AUGCGUCCCACUUUUUGGACGCUCAGCCAAUCACAUACGUGUAGUGGAGUCGAGACACGCACAACAAUUUUUUGUCGAAAUCCGAAAACUAGCCAAUUUUCCAUCACUAAACGAAUUUUCGUCUCCUGGCAAAACCGUCGAAUCUACAUCAACCACCAACGAUCACCGACACCUUCGACAAAUCGCCAAAAUGAGAAUCUACGACGAUACGUACGUGACUUCGAUAGUCGAAACUUCGUCCGUGAGGAAGAAGUCCGCAUGUUGGGGGAGGCAGGUUGA